AUGGCGACUUCGCUUUUCACUCGCUCUCUCCUCCAAAAUCCCACAUCAAAAACCCUAAUCUCCUCCUUCCUCUCUCGCUCCAUCACUUCCACCUACACUACCUCCUCCUCCUCUCUCCUCCGCCGUGCUCUCCGUCCCCUCUCCGCUGCAACCAACAUCAAUCUCCCUGUCUCUCGGUUUUCAAUCAGGUCGUUUGCUGUCCAACCGACGUCGUCUUCCCUCAACGACCCAAGCCCUAACUGGUCUAAUAGGCCUCCAAAAGAGACUAUCUUGCUUGAUGGCUGCGAUUUCGAGCAUUGGCUUGUCGUUAUGGAUAAGCCUGAGGGAGAUCCAACUCGUGACGAGAUCAUCGAUUCUUAUAUUAAAACUCUUGCUCAAAUUGUUGGCAGUGAGGAAGAAGCGAGGAAGAAGAUCUACUCAGUUUCUACUCGAUGCUAUUAUGCCUUUGGAGCUCUGGUGUCUGAAGAGGUUUCGUACAAGAUCAAAGAACUGAAAAAUGUCCGUUGGGUUCUUCCGGAUUCGUACCUAGAUGUGAAGAACAAAGAUUAUGGAGGGGAGCCAUUUAUUGACGGGAAAGCUGUGCCCUAUGACCCAAAAUAUCACGAGGAAUGGAUAAGGAACAAUGCAAGGGCAAAUGAAAGAAACAGGCGCAAUGAUCGACCUCGUAAUGUCGAUAGAUCAAGAAACUUUGACAGAAGAAGGGAAAACAUGACGAUGCGAGAUGGAGCUCCACCUCCUAUGGCUAAUCAGGCUAUGCAAAAUCCUGCUCCCAACGUGGCUGGACAGCCACAAUUCAUGGGCAGACAAGGUGGACCACCACCACCACCACUGCCACCGCAACUUAAUGACUACAGGGGAGGACCAGGUGGACCACCACCGCCAUUUAACAACUACAGGGGAGGACCAGGCAGAACACCACCACCACCUCCACAUAACAACUACAGAGGAGGACCAGGCGGACCUCAUGACAUGGGUGGACAAGGUGGACUGCCACCUAACAACUAUAUGGGUGGGCAACCGAACUACACGCCUCCACCGAACAACAUGCCUCCACCGAACAACAUGCCUCAGCAGAACAACAUGGGAGGAUGGUCCAAUGACACUGCAAACAUGCCGAGCAACUUCCAGAAUGGGCCUAACAAUGGAGGCUUCCAAGGUGGACCACCAAACUACUAG